AUGGGGGAGUGCACAGCUCUCGGGACGACCUUAGCACAUGAAGCUCCGGCUUCAGGAGGGUUGAGGGUCCCGAAUAGCUCGUACUCCGCUCAGGCUGUCACUUCUCCGGAAUAUUUCUUUCCUCACCACGGUGUCGUCCGAACCAGCAGCGAGACGACGAAGCUCAGAGUUGUGUUCAACGGCUCCCAUAAGACCAGCUCGGGACAGACGCUCAACGAGAUUAUGCAAUCUGGAGCCAAACUCCAGAGAGACAUUGCUGAUGUACUGCUCUUCACUCGACGGCAUAAGCUCAUCUUCAUGACGGACAUCACCAAGAUGUUCCGCCAAAUCGGAGUACAUCAGGAUGAUUGGCCGCUCCAACAGAUACUUUGGGCCGAUGCAAAUGGGGACGUCACCACAUAUCAGCUCACCACCGUCACGUAUGGAACUAGGUCCGCUCCAUUCUUUUCCAUACGUGUCUUGAACCAGCUCGUGGAAGACGAGGGAAACAACUAUCCUCUCGCCGUGGAGCCGCUCACGAAAGGGCGAUAUGUGGAUGAUAUUUGCGGAGGUGCUCACUCGGAGGAGGAGUUACUCAAGACCGCUCAUCACGUGACUCAACUUUGCCAAUCAGGCGGCUUUCCGUUGGCGAAAUGGCACUCCAACAGUGCAGGUCUGCUCAGCGCACUCAGGUCGGACAGCACCUCCCACGAUCAAAAGGUGAUCGAGGACUCGCUCACCAAGAUCUUAGGGGUCUCAUGGCACCCAGGAACGGACAGCUUCACGUUCUCCAUCGCUCGGCCUGAAACCAACUCCAUCUCAAAACGAAUCAUUCUGUCGGAAACCGCUCAGCUCUUCGACCCACUUGGCUUCCUCGCGCCAGUGGUGGUACGAGCGAAGAUACUACUCCAGGCGCUCUGGAUUGAGAAACUGGGAUGGGACGACCCAGUUUCCCCGACAACAGCACAUCGAUGGCGGCAGUUCAGGGAUGAGCUCAACCAGUUGUCGGAGGUCACCGUGCCACGAUGGCUUGGACUGCUCAAGGGCUUCGACGUGGAAGUCCAUGGAUUCUCCGACGCAUCCCAGGUGGCUAUGGCAGCUGUCAUUUACCUGAAGGUUCCGCACCUACCUGGAAAUGGUACCACGCUCGUCUGCUCCAAGGCUGAAGUAGCCCCGCUCAAACGGCUGACCAUCCCACGCCUGGAACUUACGGCUGCCCUGCUCCAAGCCAAGUUCAUACGUUACGUUCAGGAUCAGCUCAACCUCAGAGCUGCGCCCACCUACCUCUGGACGGAUUCUUCCGUAACGCUCACAUGGAUCAGCUCCCACCCAUCACGAUGGAAAGAAUUCGUGAGGAAUCGUGUCGCUCUUAUGCAACCAACACACCAACCAACCCACUGCCCGGCCAACUCACUGGAGGCUGGUGCCUGGCAAGGAGAAUCCAGCAGAUUGUGCUUCUCGAGGUCUCACCGCGCAACAGUUAAAAGGGACCUCAACGUGGACCUCGAACAGAAGCCGGGGCAGACUUACUACGGCGCCGCUCAGCAAAUAGCUAUCUGGGAUCUCAUCGAUAGGUUCUCCUCAUUCAACCGGCUGCUUCGGAUCACCGCGAUCUGCUCAAGGUUCAUCGUUCGGCUUAGGAGGGUUCCUAAUACGUCACUCCAUUAUCCGCUCACGCUCAGCGAGCUGGAAGACGCACGGCUCCUUUGGAUCAAGCUCACCCAGACAGCUCAUUUCAGGGAGGAACUACGGAUAAUCUCUCGCGGGGAGAAAUUCACCAGGUCCCAUCCGCUCACCAAGCUCACCCCGUUUAUCGAUCGUCAAGGGAUCCUGCGUGUUGGUGGACGGCUCAGGUUCGCACAGCUCGACCCCGAGAGCAAAAAUCAAGCAAUCAUCACAAAGGAAUCGCAACUGGCUCGCUUACUGAUAAGCCAAGCUCACCUAAAGACACUUCACGGCGGGACACAGCUCACUCUUCGUCAGCUCAGGACAGCUUACUGGAUCCUCGGAGGCCGAGCUCCAGUGCGCUCCUUUAUCCUUAAAUGCGUGAAGUGCGCUCGACAACGUGGGAUACGUGCUCAACAGCUCAUGGGACAGCUGCCACCAGCCCGACUCACCCCCGCUCGCGCCCUCCUCAACACGGGGGUCGAUUACGCCGGCCCCAUAUCGCUCCGGUCAUGGAAGGGACGGGGCCACAAGUCAUACAAGGGCUGGUUGGCUAUCUUUGUCUGUAUGACCACCUCAGCCGUGCAUCUCGAGGUAGUAUCAGACUACUCAGCUGAUGGAUUCCUAGCGGCAUACAGACGUUUCUCCAGUCGACGCGGGGUCGCUCACACCUUAUUUAGCGACUGCGGUACCACCUUUCUCGGCGCUGAUAAGGAGCUCAGGAGGCUAUUCUUAGCAGGAUCAUCCGAAUCUCGACAGCUCGCCCAGCUCCUCAUUCAAGAUGGGACUCAGUGGUCCUUCAACCCUCCAAGCGCACCACACUUCGGGGGCAAAUGGGAGGCGGCAGUGAAGUCGGUGAAAUAUCAUCUCACCCGGACUAUUGGGGAGGAUCUGCUCACCUUCGAGGAACUCAGCACCUUGCUCACCCAAGUUGAGGCAGUUCUCAACUCACGGCCGCUUGAACCGCUCACUGAUGAUCCUGAUGACUGCUCGGCUCUGACCCCCGGGCACUUCCUCAUAGGCCAGGCUCCUACGACUCUUCCAGAGCCAUCAUUGGAGAAUCUUAACAUCUCGAGACUCUCCCGAUGGCAGCUCAUCCAACGAAAACUCCAAGGGUUCUGGAAGAGAUGGUCCACAGGAUAUCUCCAACGUCUUCAGGCCAUAUCCAAGUGCCAAGUGGCCCCUCGCCCGAGUGACCGCUCUCCACCCUGGCAAGGAUGGGCUUACGCGAGUAGUCACGCUCCGGACCGCUCAGGCAACGUUAACACGCCCUAUCGUGAAGCUCGUACUCCUGCCAGUACCAACGUCAAGGACCUAGAACCAUACCAGCGCUACAGCUCGCAGCUCAUUGGCCUUCACCUGGACUUCGUCAACCCUGACGGAUUUACGACCCGGCACGAUCAGCGAGGUCCACCGUGA